AUGACAAGGGUCAAGGCACACAUACAAGGGCCCAAAGCUCUGGAUGCCCCCACUCACACACCCAAUGAUGCCUGCUUCACACAUAGACACCAGUGGCGUGCUGAAUAUACCUACCGACUCGGACCUAACAAGACCCUCCAAGCCCCACCUGCGCUCCACUCCCCUCGUGGCCCCGCACCAUCACACCCGCAACCACGACCGCUCCUCCCCGCGGACCCGCCCCCAGGGCCUCCCGCCCACCGCGCCAGGCCCCAAGGACCACUACAGCUGGCAGCUGAAGGGGAACCCACAGGCCGCCCAGGCCACCAGACCCUCGGGCCCCUGGUACCUGAGACCCACAAGCGCAGACCUCGAACCCCCAGACCCCGGGGACCCAAGCACAGACCCCAGACUCCGGCGCGCGGACCCCAAUCCCUUAGACCCUCUGAAUUCGAGACCCUCGAGCGCGGACCCCAAACCCUCAGACCCUCCAUAACCUACACCCCAGACCCCAGGGACCCGAGCACUGACCCCAAACCCGCGGGUCCCCCGGGGACGCCAGUCAACCAGCGCGGAGCCCAGACCCGCGGCCCCAAAGUACCGGCCACCAAAUCCCAGGAACCGACCUCACCCCUACAAGGUCAGGGUGCAAACAACCCACCCGAGGGACCGCGCGACGCACCUCAGCGUAAAGCCAAAGCCGCAGAAAGCGACGGCCAUGCCUCCAGUCCCCGCGGGCCACACCUCAAGGGCGCACACAACGCGAAGCAAGAACGCCACAGACCGCGGGCCGCCACCCCUGCACGUCGGGGAGCGCGCGCCUUCAUCGUCAAGCCUACCUCACGCAAGCACGAGGCGGCCACGCACGGCCCCGCCCUCAGCCAGAGGACCGUUAGGGAGCCCGGCCCCCGAGCCCGCGAGCCCGCGCAGGCGCACUUCCUCCGGCGGGCAGCCUCAACGGACGCUGGGAGCUGUUGCAGGGGAGGGUCCGGGAGACUUUCAGCCCCGCCCCCCCGACGCGACCUUGCGAACGACCUGGGACAGGUGCCUCCGAAGCCCGAGGGCCCCGCGGGCGGCCGGCCACCUCCGUCCGGACUGCGCGUCGGCUGCUCUUUCCCGCCUUUCUGCGCCCUCUGCGCCCGGCUGAACCCCUGA